ACUCAAGUGAACAGGUCAUCAUGCUGAGCAUGGAAUACACUUUUGAACAGACGAUGGAGAACUCUUCCCAGGUCACCUUCUUCAUACUCGCUGCAUAUGAUGACGUUGGACACAUGAAGUACUUUUAUUUUAGCAUUAUAAUUGUAUUGUACAUUUCAAUCAUCGUUGCAAACUCGCUGCUUAUUAUAGUGAUCUUUGUUGACAGAAAUCUGCAUGAACCAAUGUAUUUGUUUGUGUGCAAUCUCUCUGUUAAUGAAUUGUACGGAAGCACUGCUUUGCUCCCUAUGUUGUUGGUGAAUUUGCUAUCGGAUGUCCAUGAAAUUCAAAGAGAUUAUUGUAUUUUCCAAAUUUUCUGCCUGUACACAUACGGCUCAGUAGAAUUUUGCAACUUAGCUGUCAUGGCAUAUGACCGAUAUGUGUCCAUCUGUCAUCCUUUGGAGUAUCACAGAAUGAUGACUUUGGGCAAAGUGUGCUUGUACAUCUUGUGUGUCUGGAUUUAUUCGUUCUGCAAAUUCGUCAUCACUCUCUCCUUAAGCGUGAGGUUACAGUUAUGCGGCAAUGUCAUGAACAAAGUGUACUGCGAUAACUAUUUGUUGGUCAAGCUUGCCUGUUCAGACACCACUUUGAACAAUAUUUUUGGGCUGAUAAUGAUGUUUCUGUCUGUGACCUUACCGUUUGUUCUCAUAUUGUACUCAUAUGCGAAGAUUCUGGAAAUCUGCUUCAAAUCCUCCAGUGCCCGGGCAAAAGCAUUAAACACAUGCACUCCACAUUUAGUGUCGCUGGCAAAUUUUUCAUUCGGCUGCUUUUUUGAGCUGCUCAGCUCCCGAUCUACUACGGCAGCCAUCGCAUCACCAGGCCGUCAGAUAUUAUCAGUGUAUUUUUUGGUGUUGCCCCCUUUCCUAAAUCCAAUUAUUUACGGAGUUAGGACAGAAAAAGUGAGAAAGGCAUUUAAAAAACUGCUGUUGAGCCCCUCGUAACCUCUUGUUUAACGAAAUCUAAGCGGAAAUUGCCUCAGUUGCAUUAAUAUCAUGCCAGUGUGUAAGCCGCAAUUAAAGAUAAUGUGACCAUGAACCUUUCAAAAGGAACUAUGGAUGGCAAAUAAACAGAAAUUUUAAAAA